AAAAUCAUGAUGGUUAGGCACAAUUUCUUAGAUUCCCAUAAUCAAACUCUUCUUCCUUCAUCUCUCUUCAAAUAAAAAAAAGCAAUUUUUUAGCACUUCGAGGCCAAAAUCUAAAAAUCCCGAAUUCCUCAUACACACAGCGAGAAAGAGGGAGGGAGGGACAAAAUUGAAUAGAAGAAGUUGAACGAGGCAGAGAGUAAGAUCGAGAGAGAGAGCGUGACACAGAGCUUUUCUGUGUGUGAUUUUGGUGAAAGUAGGGUUAGGGUUUUUGGACUGGAUUGGAUUGGUUAAAAAGAGGGAGAGGAUGACGGAGGUGAUAUUGCAUGUAUAUGACGUGACAAAUAGUGGAUCGGAGAAGACGAACAACACUAUUUUGAACAUCAACAAGAUCUUCAAAGACACUAUUGGUCUCGGCGGCAUCUUCCACAGCGCCGUUCAGGUAUAUGGAGAAGAUGAAUGGUCUUUUGGGUUUUGUGAACAUGGAACUGGAGUUUUUAGCUGCCCUUCUGGAAAGAAUCCAAUGUAUACAUACCGUGAGAGAAUUGUACUAGGAAAAACCAGCUUUUCAAUCUUUAAGGUGAAUCAGAUCUUGCGGGAACUUAGUAGAGAAUGGCCUGGAAGUGACUAUGACUUGUUGGCCAAGAACUGUAAUCACUUCUGUGAUGAAUUUUGUGAAAGGCUUGGUGUGCCAAAACUUCCAGGUUGGGUCAAUCGAUUUGCCAAUGCUGGUGAUGCUGCCAUGGAAAUAGCAGGAAAUACAGCUUUCCGGUUUAGACAAGCCAAGACUGAGAUUGUAUCCGCCAGCAAAGUUGCAUAUAGAUUCCUUGUGGGUGUCACUUCCAGCAAUGGAUCUGCUCCUGAGUCCCCCGCAAACUCAAACACAGGAGUCCCUAGAUUCCAAGCAUCCUGGUUUAAAAACCUCAUCACAAAUGGUGCCAAACCUAGUGGCACAGAAGUUGAUGAUCAGGAUGAAGAUGUACUGCUUCAGCGGCAACUCAGUAAGCAAGGAUCAGAUCAACUAUCUUGGCAGAACUCACAACAAGAACCAGAGCUACCACCACUGCAUCGGAAUUUUAGGCAUACAUCUAGCUGAUCAAAGAUUCAUUCAUUGUGUAUCGUUGUAAAAUUGUUCAUUGCUUUUCCAACUGAAUUGCUUUUCUGAUGGUGCCUAAAAGCACCAAAGCACGUUGAAAAGAUUAUCAAUGUGAAGUGUUUUUCUCUUA